GUCUGUCGCUGAUGCAUCUGCAAUCUGCUGCAGCUGUCAGUUUUCUCGCGUUUGGUCUUGGAAGAGUUGCAACACCCAAAUCGUUUUCUUUCGUCGCGAGUGCAAGUUUUACGGCAUAAGUUUUGUGUGCUUGAAAAUACGGAAAAAUAGCUUUCCUUCGAUUCAAAUUCGCGUGGACGGAAGUGACUAAUAGUCUCGUCGUCGAAUGCUCAUAUUGAGGAGCAAUUUCAGGCGAUGAUUGCGACCGUGUGUGAUUACGAAAAAUAGUUUUGCCCGACAGCGAAGAAAAAGGCCCGCAGAAGGAAAUUUUCUUAGAAAGUGAAAUUGCAUCUAUGUUUCAGCUUUUGUGUCUUUUAUUGCACUGUUUUAGUGCCUAGAACGGAUCCCUAGAUCCGACCGACCAAUGAGUGCACUAUACGUAACUAAAUUAGAGGCCGGGUGGUGCUUUUAAAAAUCAGAAAUUGAAGAAUGGGAAGAAGCAGUGAAUGAAAUUUGGUGAUUGUGUAAACAGGUUGCAGAGGGCGGUGGAGGAUUAUCUCGGAAGGGCCCUCCCGUUUCUCCGUUCAUCGGGAUUGGAGAUCAGAAUGUCCCAGCGGUAUUGGCGGCAUCAGCAUCUGCAGCAGUCCUACCAACAGCAACAAGAGUAUCGCCGUCGAAGACAGCAGAUAUUAGUCACCAUCGAUCGCUGUUUGUACCGAACCGACCUGGAGCUGGUGGCGCUUUAGUCUGUUUGUGUUUGUUCGCUGUUCGUGAGUUCAACGGGUGAUAAGGCGAAAACGCUACAUUCCUCACUAUUUGCAAACGGAGGAGAAAUCCUCUUCUGCUCUGCCGGGAUUUGACCAAAACAGUACGGGACACGGAUUCGGAGCGAAAAAUAACACUUUAAUUAUUGCUAUUAUCAUUAAUACGACUAUUUAGCAUCUAAGCGCACGCGCAGAUAGUAGCAUUGAACAACCGACUAGGGCGACUUGAUCUCAAGCUUUAUCUAGAAUCUAAGCCAAAAGUAUUCGCCAACUACAAGCGCCAUGAGAACCAAACAUUUCCUGUUGCUACUGUUUGCGGUGAUAGGAACCAGCUUGCUGUUCAUAUUGUUCGGUCCGGCUGGCCAGCAGAAUGAUUCGAUCAAGAAUAUCGUCUCUCAAACACACGAACAGCUCCGAAAUUUGCAGAACAAUUUGCGAGAUGCUAACGAGCAACAUCCAGAGAUGGAUCCAAAAUAUUUGGCACAGUUGGGAUUUACACACUCGCUGUACAAUGGAACGCGGUCUAACUUUUCAGUUGUGACAUACACACAAUCAGGCGAAGUGGCGUCCACAAUCCUGUAUGCACAAAAUAUCGCCACCAAGCUGCCGAAUGAACAGCUUUUGAUCUACGAUCUUGGACUGUCUGAGAGCGAUCUGCACACCUUGCAGGCAUUCUGCAACAGCUCACGUUGCAAUGUGAUAACCUACGAUCUGAGCUCUCUGCCGUCAUAUGUUACCGACGAAAACAUGCACGCCUUCCGGCCUAUCAUCAUUCACGAUGCCUUGGCGAGGGCGCGAACUGUCCUGUUCACUGAGAACAACGUUCGGUUGCGGAACAGCGGCAAGGAACUGGCCGACAUACGGACCAAAACGGAGAACACUAGCGGGGUCAUGGGAUGGACCACGCAACAAGCAGUCACCAGCCGUACACAUCCCAAGAUGUUCGACUACUUCGACACCGAUUCGGACAACUUCCAGUUCCUGCCGAUGGUUUCGCUGGAUUUUGUGUUCUUUGUCAGCACACCGACGGUGAACGAUAAGAUAAUGCUGCCCUGGGUCAGGUGUAUGCUAACGCCGGAGUGUCUGCAUCCGAUCGGUGCUCAAUCAGCCGGAUGCAAGUACAACAAGAAGCCUCAAUAUCGCUACUCGGGCUGCCACGGCUACGACACGUCCGCCUUCAACAUCAUCCUGGGGCUGACGUUCGGCUUCGACGAGGCCAAAUACUCAACCCACGAGGAGUCGUCCAAUGCGCUGUACUACGUGGAGAGCCUCGAGCAGGCAACGAAAAUUCUCGAAAACCGACGGAAAAACGUCAGCGACACAUCGGAACAUCCGUUCACGGAGGAGUAAAUGCGUUGGUGGUGUUGGUAUUGUUGGAGGACCACAGGUUUGCAUUGGGAAUAGUUUCGCCCGUAUCUCUUCAGCGGGCCAACGUAAAAACUGACGUCACAAAUUUGCAAGAUAGCUCAUAGGUGACAAUACAUUUUAGUCAAUAGGUACACAUUGACGUAGUGAGUUAGGAAAAUACAAGUUAGUUCCAUUAGCGAAGUUAAAUCGGAACAGUUAUUUCGCACAGAUUUUCAUAUUUAAAAACAAGAUGAUUUUGUAUAAUCCCCACAAUUAUAUGGGAUCUAAAUUUCACAAAUUAUUAUUAUUACUAAAACAUUAUCGUAAUCAAAGUUUUUGAAUUUAUGCGCACAAAAAGUUCUUUGUUUUUCUUUUAAGUCCAUCGUUUUUAUCUGAUCUUCGGUCACAGUUGAAACGUAAUUGUUCCCUUUUCUUCGCUACUGCAACUGUUUGUAAUUCAUCUUAUUGUAGCUUUAAAUUAGCACACUACCUGUAGUUAUUUGCAGGUGGCAAAUUUGCACACAGAGAUACGCGCAAACUUCUCCAAGAGACAAAGCUGCCCUCGUGCUGAGGAUUAACCAAAGUUUAGUAGAUUAUUUUCCUACGCUGUAGAUAGAAUGUAGGAAUGCAAGCGAAUAUAAGUGUGUAUCAAGGAAGGGUUCGCCGAUAAUUAUUUACACUUUUUUCGGGUUUUUAUGUAAAUAUAAGUGUUAUGUGGUAGUUUUGUUCGCCAAAAUUGUGUCCAAAAGAGAGUUCCAAUUCCGUCGCGAUUAUAGUCUGAUUGUUUUAAAAUUUAUUAUUGCAAGAGUUGUGUCGUAUAUAACUGCUGGUUUUGUUAUGCUUUUACAAAAUCUUAAUUGUUGAACAAAAUUGAGAUGCUUCAAAGCUCAGGUACAAUUUUUGCUACACUGUGAAGCACAAAACUGAUAGGCUUUCUCAUAAAAAAUUCUAGGUAUAUUAGGUAAAACAGCGAGGUCGCAAUUUUUAAUUUUUAUUUAUAAGUACAACUGCUUAAAUACUUCCUUGGAUGAUUCUUUUCUAAAGCUCAUACUUUUCAUUUAGAAGAAUGUCGUUUGGCAUAAUUAUAUUGAAAAAUUUGAAAUAACGGCUAUUUGGCAAAUGUUAUUCUUCAUUUUGUUCAAAAUAAGCUUUUUUAAUUUAUAAAUGUUUCAAUGACAACGGCCAAUAUGACCUUUAUGACAAACGGCUCUUGGUGACUUGAUCACUUAUGUCAUAUGGCCCCCUCCCACAGAGCAUUUCAACCAGCAAAUAUGUACAACGCCUCUCGUAACGUCCCAUAAGUUGCUUUUUGUAUAAUAGUAUGAAUAAAGUUAUUCUUUUAUAGUUUUUGAUUUUGAAUAGGUUCGCAUGUGAUUGAAAUACCUACUAUUGUAAUGUGUAUGAUAUGAUAAAAGGUUAUUAUAACCUAGCAUUAAAACCGAUGGCCAAGAAGAUAACUGAAACGACGCAACAAAUCAUAGGGAAAUGGAAUAGAAUUGUAUUUCUUUGCACAGAUCGUAAAAAGUUAAUGCUGUGAAACUAUUUUUAUAUAAAAUAAGUUUUUUUUUUGUAUCUUAACCUUACAUCGGGUCGAUUGGCAUUAAAAUGAGUAGCUAUACGGUGCAGUAGAUUACUGUCGCUGGUUCAAAGCGAUGGUAUAAUAAACGCAUUAAACUAUGUUCUGAAUUUCCAAUCCGAAUAUCUAUUGCGUCGACAAAAAAUUAAGUUAAUUUAAAAUAAAAUGUUCAGCUUCGUUCAAAUUUAAAAAUUACGAAUAUUAGCUGACGUAGACCAUUUAUUACAUUAUCAAGAAAAUCAAACUGUAACUGCUACUUAAAAAAAUCAACCCUCAUUGAACAGAAUGUGAGCAGCCAUUUAUGAUACUUAUGUAAUUAGUAGAUCAGAUUCGAGAACAAGUAUUGAACAUAAUUGCGAACAAACAAUUUUCGAUAGAAAUAACAACCAUUUCCUUAGGAAAGUCCGUUGUGAUGACAGACGAUUUCAAACAGUAAAUUUUAUGCGAAAAUUUUAGACUAAUCUGGGACGUUUCGAUGGAAUGUUUUGCUUAUUUUAUCAUAUAGGUAUUAUUCAACUUGCUUCGUUAUCUCGUUUUUAAAUAUUGAUUACAAACUCAACUCCCCUUCGCUUUUACUCAUCAAUCGAACGCAUUUGCUACGUUCUUCCGUAACCUACAACACCGCUAAACGACAAUCGAGUUUAUUAUAAUAAAUGACACAGAUGAUCAUGUUUAUUUUUAUAUUGCCGCCAAAUGUUUCAUCGAAAUGUUCCACUGAUUAGUUCUAGGCUAUACAGCAGCACUUAGCAAAGCCUGCGUAGUUUAACUCCCUCACAUAUCCCCGAACAAAUUAUUACCGAAUAAAAGCAUAUUGUAUAGUUCUUAACAAUAAAAGUCACAAGUAUUAGCCGAAUGUUUAACUGAACUCAUUUUUAAAUGGAUCCCUAAUAAGUAAAUAUCAUCUAUAAAUUAUUAAUAUUACCAAGCCAAGCGAGUAAAAAUAAAUCGAAUCUCUUUUGUAAAAUACGCAACAUCCGAAAAAUAGGGAAUCAAAAAUACCUAUCCACCCAAAAUUACGCUACCAUGCGUCGAUAAUAGGUUUCAUUUCCUCCGUUGAGAUUGCAUUAGGGCUUUUAGGUUUCCGCUGAAAUAAAGCUACUAAAAUUGCAGCAUCACGAAAAUCGAAAUAUAUUAGCUAAGCUAUUAUGACGAAUGACCUUUCUUCGAAAUACAACACUGCAAAUGACCAGAAAAAACAGGAUUUAUACAAUCACAUACUACUAAAAAUGCUUUCAAAGUUGUAAUUAUUAUGCUAUAACAAAAUUUUAUCAAAAAAUAAAAACCUCAUGAAUCAUCUUCCGAAAAAAAACAUCAAAAUAUAAUGCAGCCAAUAUUACUUGAAGACAAGAAUUCAAUUGAUUAGACCCGUUUGAUUUUCAACCAACAGGAAAGUAACUUGUUAAGCAUUUCAUCCAGCGGUAGCUUCGAAAAAAAGCUAAAAAAACAAGCAAAAAUGCUGCUUUUGAUUACAUUAGUGAGAUGUUAAGAAUUAAACGAUAAAGCAAAAAAUACUACAUACUACCUUACAAAAUACUAGACGUAGAGAAUGUUAGUCGUGAUACAAACAGGUAAUAA